GCUGCGAAUUUUGCAUUACAUCGUAGUUAUGACAUGUUGCGAUGAUCCGUGUAUUAGCGCAAGUGAAUAUGACAUAGAAUUUGUGCGGAAAUAAAUAAACUUUACGAUGGCGAGCACAAAUAACCAAAUACAAAUUCGUCUUAUCACUAAACUGCAACAAUAUGCUGUGCCUGAUUAUCCCUUAUCGGUGGAUGUUUCAAUAGACGCUAGCGAAUUAAACACUAUUGUUAACAAACUUCUGAAGGAGUCGAAGAACAUUCAGAAUGAAGUGAACUUUAAUUUCUUGAUAUCUUCCCAACUUUUGCGCACUUCUCUAAGGGAACAUAUUGUGGAAACAGGAGUUUCCAUCGAGGAAUUAAUAGAUGUGGAAUAUGUAGAAAAGUAUGUCACACCAGAGCCUCAGGAUUGCCUGAUACAUGAUGACUGGGUGUCAACUGUUGCUGUUUGUAAUAAAUGGAUUUUAACUGGCUGUUAUGACAACACUCUGCAUAUUUGGACAUCAACAGGUAAGCAUCGCCUUGUGAUUCCUGGACAUGCAUCUCCUAUCAAAGCAGUAGCAUGGAUAUCUGUCAGCGACUAUAACGCUUCCUUUGUCAGUGCAUCACAGGAUAAAACAGUCGUAAUAUGGGACUGGGAUAUAGUAAAGAAUUCAGUAGAACGAAUGCACAUUUGCAGAGGACAUGAAAAGAGUUUGGAGGCAGUCAGUGUGAAUCAUGAUACAACGUUAAUGGCAACUGGUAGCUGGGAUACAACGCUUAAAAUUUGGUCGACAUCUAUUCAGGAUGAACAGAGGAACGGAGAAUCCUCGCCAAAAAGAGCAAAAAUGGAGGACGGUAAAACACGAGUUUCCAUGUGUACGAUGAAAGGACAUAAAGACGCGAUUAGCGGAGUUAGGUGGUCCGACAAAACUGAGAUCAUCACGUCAUCGUGGGACCACACUUUGAAAAUCUGGGAUUCGGAACUGGGUAGCAUUAAAUGUGAAUUCGUCGGCGAAAAAACCUACUUCGACGUUGACUAUUCUCCAUUAGCACAUGCUGUGAUAACUGCCUCUGCGGAUAAGCACGUGAGAUUAUAUGAUCCAAGAUCUUCAGAGGGUAUAGUUAUGAAAACUUUAUACAUCUCUCACACACAAUGGGUGCAAUGCGUGCGCUGGUCGUCUAUGAAUGAGCAUCUCUUCAUCUCAGGAGCCUAUGAUGGCAUUGUCAAACUUUGGGAUACCAGAAGUCCCAAAACACCAUUAUUCGACCUCACGGGACACGAAGAUAAAGUCCUGUGUUGUGACUGGUCGCAUCCUAGGCUGAUAGUAUCUGGUGGUGCGGACAACACAUUGAGGAUAUUUGUCUAACGUCGGACAUCAGUUUACAAACAAAAUAUAAUGAAGUAUCAUUUCGUAGCGAAGGAAAGUAAGAUCUUUGAAAUCUCACGUUAAUAAUGGACUUACCUAUUUUCAAAUCUUUGUUUCCAAAAUUUUCAAGCAAACUUUUCAACUGUAUCAAUUCAAAUUGCUUUAAAUAUUAUUCGAAUUCGAAAGUUGUUGGAAAAUCUUAAAUAUUUCAACAAUCUCGAAUGUUAUAGUAUGUUCGAUGAUAAAUUUAUAAUAAAAGCUAUAUGCACAAUAGCAAACACACAUAUAUAAAUAUAGUUAUUAAUAUCUAAAUGUUAUAGUACUUUCUUGAA